AUGAUGCACAGUUACAAAGGAAAUGAACCCUUUGGUGAUAAGCCUCUUGGGAAUGGUGGGAAUAAAAAUAAGUAUUCUUUAUUAACAAAUCAGAUAAUGAAUCAAAAGGAUGCCUUGAUCAAAAAUUUGUUAAAUCAUGGAAAAAUGCCAAAUGAAGGACUAAAUGAAGUAACCAUAAUGAGUAUUUUGUAUCAGAUAUCCUCGCAAAAUUUGUGUAAUAGUGAAAAGAAUAUAAAAAUAGGAGAAAGAGAAAGUCGGAUAUAUAGUUCUAUUGUUCGAAAUAAAUAUUUUGGAUUUGGUCAUGGUAUAGGCAGGUCAGGAAACUUGGAAGAUGUGCAACCCAAAAGCGCAGGGAACAGCUUAUUGUGUAAAAUGACAACGAAUAUGUUAAAAGAUCUAAUAAAAACUUUUGGAAUAAAAAAAUGUGAAGAUGUAUAUAUAUUACCAUAUGCAACUGGUAUGUGUAUAAGUACAUGUUUAUUAUAUUUAAAAAGAAUGAGACAAAAUAGUAAAUAUGUUAUAAUAUCUCGAAUAGAUCAUAAGACUUGUUAUAAAUGUUUAGAUUUCUGUGAUCUAAAAUAUAUUGUAGUAGAUAUGAUAUUUAAUAAUGAUGAAUUAAAUACAGAUGAAAAAAAAAUCGAAAAUUUAAUGAAAAAAUUAAAGGAAAAAAUAUGUUGUAUUAUAACAGUCACAUCUAGUUAUGCACCUAGAAAUUCAGAUAACAUUUUAAAAAUUUCACAAUUAUGUAAUAAAUAUGAUAUACCACAUCUUAUUAAUAAUGGGUUUGGUUUACAAUGUACAUAUAUAUGUAAAGAGAUUCAAAAGUGUUAUGAUUCAAAUGGGAGAAUAGAUUUUGUUGUUCAAAGUUGUGAUAAAAAUUUCCUUUUACCAAUUAAUGGAGGUAUUAUAUUUAGUUCGAAUCAAAAAAUUAUGACCGAAUUAAAAAAAACAUAUCCAGGAAGAACACCAGUUAAUGUUUACUUAGAUUUAUUUAUUACAUUAUUAGAAUUAGGAAAAAAUAAAAUAAUGACAUUAAGGGAAGAAAGAGUGAAAAAUUUUAAUUGGAUAAAUGAACAAGUUCAAAAUAUAUGCUCAAAAUAUAAUUUAAAAUUAAUAAAAACAACUAAAAAUAAAAUAUCUAUUGCUAUAAAUCUUAAUAAUUUAUAUAAUUAUUGUGGAAAUACAAAUCCUAAAAUUAUAAAUAUGCUUGGUUCUUUUCUAUUUUACCGGAAUGUCACUGGCCAUCGUGUUAUAUGCUCUCCGAUUCUCAUUAGACACAAUAUUUUGAAACAAAUUGAAAAACAAGAAACCGAAAAUGGGCAUAAUAAACAAAUUACGCAAAGCACGCAAAGCCAAGAACCCAAAUCGAAUGCUCAGCCAUCGAGUCCCAACAUGGGCGUUGUCUCAAGUGGUGGCGAAAAAAAUGGGCAAGAAAAUUUUUCAGUCCUGGAUGAAAAGAAUGGGCAAGAAAAAUUCUCAGAUAUGGAUGAAAAGAAUGGGCAAGGAAAUUUUUCAGUCCUGGAUGAACAGAAUAUUUAUGGAGACGUCCCAAAUGAUGAUGUUUUAAAAAUGGAUGGAGAACUAAUUGGAAUAAACAAAUUAAUUGAUUUUAAAAAUUUAAAAAAAAAAUAUUAUAAAUUAAAUGAAAAAAAUAAAAUAGUUAUAGGAAAUAAAAUAUUUCAUGAUUUUGGGUCGAGUUGUAGUAAUUAUCCAUAUUCUUAUAUUGCAUUUUCAUGUGUGAUUGGAAUUGAAAAAGAAGAACUUGGAAAAUUUGUUACAAAACUUGACGAAUCGAUUGCACAUUUUAUUAACACUUUUAAAAAUAAAAAUAAAAAUGAAAAUGAAAACAUAUUAGAAGCAAAGUAA